GUGACUUGACAGGAGGAAAUAAGGCAGUGAUAGUAUUAAUUUAACAAGGGGAAACGGACUGUCUGUAGCCUAUAUUUAUCGACAUUAUGGAUUGUACUCUAUAAUAAUGAAGAAAGGUGACGUUCGUCUUGCGGAACUUUUGUUAUGAUGCCGCUCGCGCCUUCCGGACUGUUGUUGAUGUUGCACCACUGAUUGUCAAACCGUGGAGAGUUGCCUAACAGAUGGCUCAGGAUGGCAAGGUCCUGGCUCUGGGAGUUCUGGCUGGUGCUGCAGGGAUCAGCUUGGCAGCUUUUUGGUACCAGAGCCGGAGAGCCAUGGUGGCGGCAGCAGGGACAAAUACUUAUUACCUGUCAAGCAGCAGAAACACAGACCAGCUUGAUGGUGGUGCGGCAUUGCAAGGAGGUCAGACAGAGGUGCUGGAUCGGCUCGGAGCUCUGAUUCGGUGUGUGUCGGAGCUCAAAGAGGAGGUGAAGGCCCUGAAGAAUGCUCUUCCACACCUGCAGGACCACAUCAGAGAUGAGUUAACAGGGCGAAGUCGCAAGGCAAGUCCACUGAAUAGAACCACACCCACGAGGAGGAAGAGAGCCAGCGAAGCUGCAAGAGCACAGGGAUAUAGCUCGGAGGAAGCAGAAAGUGAAGGAGGGUAUAUCACAGCACUGACAGACACAGAGGAGGAGUAUGAGAGUGAAGAGGAUCGCAAAGUUGUAGAGCCGCUGGAUGAGCUCACGGUUCUGUUACAGAGAGCAGAUGGGCUGCAUGCUUGUAACGGAGCUGAAAAGAAAGAAGGCUUGUCCGCUCUGCUGGAGAGGAAAGAAAAGUAUGAUCAGACGUGGCAGUACCUGUGGCGGUUAACCAGAGCCUAUGCUGAUGCUCAUGACCUGGCUGGAGACGUACAAGAGAAGAAGCAAUAUGCUGAAACAGGGAAGCAAAUUGGAGAACAAGCCAUUUUAGUGAAUCCCAUGUGUGCUGAAAGUCAUCAGUGGUAUGCUAUUCUAUGUGGACUUCUGUCAGAAUAUGAAUCUAUUCAGAAUAAGAUAAAGUAUGGCUACCUUUUCAAGGAUCAUUUGGAUAAAGCCAUUGAGCUGAUGCCGCAGGAUCCGCUGUCUUAUUACCUGCUGGGCCGCUGGUGCUAUGCUGUGGCCCAGUGUACAUGGAUUGAGAGGAAAAUUGCUGCUACAUUGUUUGGAGAGCCUCCGAGCGCAACAGUCCAUGAUGCCCUGCAGAACUUCCUCAAGGCAGAAGAAAUCUGCCCAAAGUACUCCAAAUACAACUAUGUGUUUUUAGCAAAGUGCUAUAAAGACCUGGGCCAGAAGAACCAAGCCACGAAGAUGUGUGAUGCUGCAUCUGAAUUGAAAACAACAACUAAAGAGGUGGGUUAUAGGGUGCAUUCAGUCCGAUCUUCUCAAUUCUGGUUGCGUAUAUUUCAGUUCUGGUCUGUGCAUAUUUCUGCCUCAAAUUUUCUUCACCUUUGUGUUGUCUGUGACAGGACGAGGAAGCACAAAAGGAGCUGGAUUCUCUACUCUUGUCACUUUAGUCAGAAACAGACUCAACAGACUUUUCAUGUCUCUUCUACUUUUAGGGUACAGUUGUGGUAAUGGACUCGAGAUGUGACCAUAUGACUGUUAUUUUGCCUUUUUCUAAUUUUUAUGCUGAAUGUAGAUGACUAUUAACAUUUAAAGACAACCGAACUUUGAGCAGCGAUAAUCUGCAGCACGACAUAUGCCACAGACUAUGAGGCAAUACGUCAUGCUCCAAGUUCACUUGUGACCAUAUGACUGUUAUUUUGACAUUCUCUCAUCUUUAUACUGACUGGAGACUCUCAACACUAAGGACAACUGAACUUUAAUCAGUGAUAAUCUGGAGCAUGAUAUCUUGCUUCAUAGUUUGUGACAUAUGUCAUGUUAUCACAAAAGUCAUAAAUUAAAAGAUUUCCUAACUUAAUUUUAGUACAAAUACAGUUGUGGACAAAUCAUAAAUUCCUUCGCUAGCCCACCAUAAGACAGGCCCUCUAGGAUUUUGUGAUUUUGAGAUCACAGAAAUGAAUGAAAAAUCAAGCAAACUCGGCAGUAUUCAAAAUUACUGCAGAUUUUCUGCAGAUUUGGGCCAGGACGCAUCAUGUGACAUCAUCGCAACGCACAUUCAGCCAAGUUCCUCUUCGAUUCACGUGCAUAAAACAUGAGUACAGCUUAAAGGUCUCAUUCACCAGCAAACAUCAAAGACUGUGCUAAAUUAUUUUGUGCAAUUGCAAUUUCGCCAAAUUCGAGUAGUUUUCCACAAAAAAAGCCACAAAAAAAAAAUCAGCAAUUGCAUCACAAAUUUUAAAAAACGCCGCGGCAAAAAUCAAGCAUUUUUGGCCACAACAAUCACAAAAAACACAGCGAAAUCCUGUACAGCCUGAUAAAAGUACAAGCUUGUGUGCUUCCCACUCCCAGAUUUUUUUUGUUGACUGGAAAACUGACUACGCUAAUAAGCGGUAGCUAAUGUAAUAGCAUAGGAACUAGUUAGCUAGGUACAUACAUUAAUACAGACUAAAGGAAAUGAACGCAUCAAUAAUUAUUAUCUUCUUAUAUUAAGUUUCUAAUGUAGUACACCAUCCUUGCACCUUCAACACAAAAUACUAGACUAUGAGGUAUGGUGUUCUCCCAUCGCAUUCAACAUAUUUAAUUAGAGUCUGGUUUGUUUAUUGGUUCUUGAUAUGUGUAAUCAUGAGAUGACACAUUGUGCACGUCUUGCUAGUUGGAGAGUUGUAAGAAAGCUUUGUGCUGAAUUUUAUUUGAUUGGUUUUGUCAGUGUUUAUACAUACAUGCUUGGUUCUGAUUCAGAAAAGAUCGACAUUCAUCCAUGCAUUAAUCCGCAUAGUAAAAACCACUUAGUAAAGAUCAGCAAGAUCUCCAUUGUUGUGUGUAGUGCAGCAGGUGCUGGGAUUUUGUGGUGAUAUGGUAUGAGCUAUAAUUACAGCAUCGAGGCUUGUUGCAUCAUCGUUGAGCAUGUUAAGAACAAACAUAGCUAUAUAUCAAAUUAAACUUUUGUUUUGUGAAAGUCAGCCAGGGAUUGGGGUUUUUUUCUUUCUCUAGUCGUUGAAGCCACUUGUCUGCUGAAUACCUUGGAUAUGGAAUCCGAUUAUCCCGGCUGCCCAGGCUACAGAUGUGUCCACCCUUCCCCUCCCAUGUUCACAUUAGACCCUUUUACCCAUUCCAAACACAACACUGCAUUUAGUCAGUUACAAUUUAAAUUCCAAUUUUAUUUGUCACACACACACACAACCAUACACAGUAUGAUGUGUAGUGAAAUGCCUUUGUCCUGUUCAUGUUUGUACUGCAGACUUACACAACACCAAGAGAUUAAUAGAACACUAAUACCAUGGCAGGGUACCUUUUCUCUUCCCUCUUUUCUUGACUUUAUGGCCAGUGUUCAGUGCAAUCCAUUACAUUACAUAUCAGCUUGCACUCUUUAGUCUCGAUUUUUUCACUAGGUUUUCACACAGUUGAAAAAAAAAAUCUUUAAUGAUAUGUCUCACUUUUUAAUCAUUGAAAGAAUCUAAAAUUUUGGGGGGAGUAUAUUGAUUUGUUUUGUAGAUUUUCAUUUAAUGUUUUUGUUUCCCCAUUUGUGCUUAUAUCCACAUCAUUGUUUACGCAAACUGAUUACUGAGUCAUAAAAAUGCUGAAUUAUCUUAUUUUGGUUUCGUUUUUCUUGUAACAGGAAGGUGCUGGUUCAUAGUAUUUAUACACAGUAAUAAUUUUAGCUUUGAUCUGUAAAACAAUGAUUGAAAGGAGUAUUGAUGCUAUCAUAUUUUAGCCUGUUUCACUGUACAAAAUUGGGGGUGUAGGGAAGUAUUUUUGGUGAUUGGACACAUAAUGUUCAGUGCUAUGUUUUAAAAAUUUAAACUGUACAUAUAUACUUAUAAUACAUAAUCAUUCUUGAUACAGGCAUUAUUGCUUCAAAAUGUCUUGAAAUGUAUUAAAAUCAUAAAAUGUGAAA